GUUACUGUAGUUAUAUCUGUGGUUGAUCACACAAAGAAAAUGUUUUAGAGAUCAUUUUAUUUUUACAAUGUGCUAAAAACGUCUGCCAUGUCUGACAGCUGGUGUUUACAAGUGCUGAAGGUUCUUUAAAGCGUCAAGGGCGGAAAACAGCAGAUCCUCCUCCUCUGCCUCCUCCUCCCCCUGCCAGACUCAUCUUGCCUCUGGAGGAAAAGGGGCAGUUGGCGUGUGCUGCGGCGGAGGAAAGGUGGUUGACAGCAACGCCGGAGCCAUCUCUCCAAAAUCUAUCUCUUGAAACUGCUUUGCAAAGACGGUGUCGUCCAAAUUUUUCCUUAAGGUUGUUUGGAUAUUUGCGAGGAGGUCAGAGAAUAAAAGCCAGCAGCCAUGUCUCCUUUCUUGCGGAUUGGGUUCUCCAACUUUGAGAUCGAUCCCGGUCUGGCCUAUCACGAGGAGGUGCUGAACCCGUACUGUGCGGUUUACAUGAAGGAGGCCAUCGACACAGAAAAGGGCCAAGUGUACAAGCAGAAGAAGCCCACCAUGUACCCGCCGUGGAGCUCUACGUUUGACGCCCACGUCCAUCGGGGUCGCAUCAUGCACGUCAUGGUGAAGGACCGGACGGCGGAGCUGAAGUCUGAGGCCACAGUGGCUCUGGAUACGCUGGCAACGCGAUGCAAGAAGGAGAACGGGAAGCUGGAGAUCUGGCUGGAGCUGAAGCCGCAGGGCCGCCUGCUGAUGGAGGCCAGAUAUUAUCUGGAGAAAAGUGACGCCGCAGGUCAGACUGAAGACGACCAGGAGUCCGAACGAGAGAGAGAGGGUCUGUUCGCCCUCCAUCAGCGGCGAGGUGCCAUCAAACAGGCGAAAGUUCACAUUGUCAAAUGUCAUGAGUUCAGCGCCACGUUCUUCCCUCAACCGACCUUCUGUUCCGUGUGCAAAGAGUUUGUCUGGGGUCUUAACAAGCAGGGUUACCAGUGCAGACAGUGCAACGCAGCUAUUCACAAAAAAUGCAUAGACAAAGUAAUCGCCAAAUGCACUGGUUCAGCCAUUAACAGCAAAGAAACAAUGAUCCACAAGGAGCGCUUCAAGAUCGACAUGCCCCACAGGUUUAAAGUCUACAACUACAAAAGUCCCACGUUCUGUGAACACUGCGGCACUCUGCUGUGGGGGCUCGCCAAGCAGGGGCUCAAAUGUGAGGAAUGUGGCAUGAAUGUCCAUCAUAAAUGCCAGAAGAAAGUAGCCAACCUCUGUGGGGUCAACCAAAAACUGAUGGCUGAGGCUCUGGCUAUCAUCGAAAGUAAACAGCAGGCCAGAAGCACCAGGGAUAGUGACAUCAUUAGUCGAGAAGGCCCAGUAACUGUCAAUCAGCCAGGAAUGGUCCGAGCUCCAUCUGGGGUGGUAACGAGCGCAGCAGGCACAGCCGCACCUGCAAACAAAGAGCUGCAGGGUGUUUCAUGGGACGGACCGACCGACAUCAGCAGGUCUAUCGCUGAGUCGCCGACAGAAGAAGAGCCUCUGUACGCCGUUCCCAGGAAGGAUCACCAGCCUAAAUUCACCAUCGAUGACUUCGUCCUGCACAAGAUGCUUGGGAAGGGCAGCUUCGGAAAGGUGUUUUUAGCUGAGCUGAAAAAAAGCGGGCUGUUUUAUGCGGUGAAGGCUCUGAAAAAGGACGUGGUGCUGAUGGACGAUGACGUGGAGUGCACCAUGGUGGAGAGGAGGGUUCUCUCUCUAGCCUGGGAAAACCCUUUCCUCACGCACCUUUACUGCACCUUCCAGACCAAGGAAAACCUGUUCUUCGUGAUGGAGUAUCUGAAUGGAGGAGAUCUCAUGUUCCACAUCCAGAGCUGCCACAAGUUUGAUCUGCACAGAGCCACCUUCUAUGCAGCUGAGAUCAUCUGUGGGCUCCAGUUCCUGCACUCUAAAGGAAUCAUUUACAGGGAUCUGAAGCUGGAUAAUGUGCUGCUGGACUCCGAGGGUCACAUAAAGAUAGCAGACUUCGGCAUGUGUAAGGAGAACAUGCAAGAUGAGUCGCGGACCGCCACUUUCUGUGGGACACCUGACUACAUCGCUCCUGAGAUCCUGCUGGGUCAGAAGUACAACAGCUCAGUGGACUGGUGGUCGUUUGGCGUGCUGCUGUACGAGAUGCUGAUCGGUCAGUCUCCGUUCCACGGCCGCGACGAAGAGGAGCUGUUUCAGUCCAUACGAACCGACAACCCUGCUUAUCCCCGCUGGCUCACCAAAGACGCCAAGGACAUCCUGAUCCAGCUGUUUGUCAGGGAGCCUGAGGAGCGCCUGGGAGUGAAGGGAAACAUCAGAGAGCACAGUUUCUUCAGUUGCACCGACUGGAGCGCCCUGGAACAACGGAAGGUGGCGCCGCCCUUCAAACCAACCUUAACGUCGCCCAGCGACUGCAGCAACUUUGACAAAGAGUUCAUCAACGAGAAGCCCCGCCUGUCGUGUGCCGACCGGACGCUCAUCAACAGCGUCGACCAGACGAUGUUCCGAAACUUCUCCUUUGUUAACCCGGGGAUGACACGCACGGCGGCGCCACACUGACCACCUGACCAACAACCUACUACCUUACAAGCAGGCCGCUCACUCAGCCACAACCAGCACUUACUGUAACUGAAUCAAACUGCAGAGACUUUAGACCGUGAAUGUCACAAAACUCAGCUGUAUCCGUGACACGAUGAUAACCACUAAGGGGGUGUCCUGGGUGUAAGGCACAUGUAACUGUGACGGGAUCUUUAUCGCAUGUCUUUACUGUCUCUCUCCAUAUUAAAUUUUCUAAAUAAAACAAACAUAUCCACAAAUAUCCCUUAAAAACAGCCAAACGACAAACACAUCUGGGCUGAGACGAAGAGGCAAAGAAGAUACACCAAAAGUCUUUACUUAAAAAUUUUACCUGAAGUCCGUUGCCUCACAUAGAAUUUAUUAAAUACUUAGUGGCAUAUCGUUAAUCACCUAUAGAAUUCCCCCCUAAAGUAUUUAACCCCCUAACUUGCCUUUGUGCUCAUCAGGGUGUGUUUAUCAAUAUAAAAUGUAAUGUAAUGAACUUAUGGUGCCUCAUAAUACUUUAUGAAGUUCACUUCUUUAAUUAAAGCAAACUGAGAAAUUCGGUCACACGAAAUUGUCCUGUAAUUGUUCUAUUUUCUGUCCUAUUCCAUAGCUUUAAGAGUCUUUUACCUACAUGUUGGGUACAGAAUGUUAAAAAAUAUUUUAAAAGGUGUUGUGUAAAUAAAUGUAUUCUAAUUCUGUUGAUAUACUAAACUGUCAGCUGGAUGUAGAUCUGUUAAUGUGUACUGUAGUUUUUAUUUACGCGUGUUUUCUUAUUGUACCUCAGGAGUUUUAUUGAUGCUGUCAUUUGAUCAGGUAC